UGUCAAACUAGCAAUAGUCUCCGCCAUGCGCUGCUGGUCGUGGGUUUCCAUCCGUAGUGCUUGUGGCGGUGCAUCAUUACUUUUUGGAAUGGCCAGUUGUAUCAUGGACUGCACCAACUGAAUGGCCACGGUCACGGUAGGCAUAGACCAUUUGGUGCGAUGAGACAGAGAUCGCGAUCGAUAGGCACCACUAUUGUGCAAGUAGGCUGAUCCCGGCGGGUGGUAUUCGGAUUCGGCAAUCCAAAAGAGCAAUACGACGAGGGUACCCAUCAAAAUGACGGCUUGAAAGGAGGCCAGUUCGGUUUGGAGGGUGCUAGAUGCCAUCAUGCCUCCCACCAAAUACGCCAGGAUGAUCAAGACGGUGAGGAAUCCAAUUUUGGUUUCCAACCAGACAAAUCCGUUGGCAGAAGCGGCAAAACUAGAGAGAAGUAGGGUGGUGUGGAAUUUGGCCAGUGCCAACUGCGUGACCAUCUCAGCAUGAUUGGGAGAGCAAGUUGUUUCGUCCACCAAAGCAGUGGUGUGAAAGAAGGCACAUCGAAUGGGAUUGAGAGGUGACAGUAAAAGACAAUUCAAUCCGUUGUAGGUACAAAAGACCAAAACGGUGGUCAUGACCAUGGAAACAUGAACGGAAGGAGCCGUGAGGGCAGCUUCGAUGCCUCGUUUGCUGUUGUUCCGAAAGAGUCUUUGGAUGGUUGUACUACUUAUAGAAGUACGGUUGGUACUUGUAGUCGUGGAGGUACUCGUAGACGAUGAUGAUGGCAUCUUAGACUAAGCUGUGGAUUAGGCAUGCGACAGAGAGACAAAUAAAGAUGAUGGAGAUCGAUCAACUGGGUCGCGGCGGCCAGUGACCGCCAUAGUCGAUGAAUGCUGAGGCCAACGGUCUCCUACAGGCCAAACGAUAACGUCAUCUGUUGGAUCUUUGUGUUGUUGACGUUGAUACGUUGAUCAGAGGUCGUGCUUAGGCCAAAGAUGACGUCAUCACAUUAAAUCUACCGUGUACAGUCACGGGGAAGUGGCGAAGUGGCGAAUAAAAUCUUUCAUACACACUUCAAACGGCAGCAGCAGCAGCAGCACAGCAGCCGUAACGCCGUAACGGUAACAGCCGAACACCGGACAGCGGAACACACUCACCAACAGCCAAAACAUUCCAGUGAAAGGCAAAGCAUUACUCUAGACAACCUUGCUUUCUCUCUAUUCUACUUCAUCACAACCUACUACCGUACGCACUGCUACAAGAAACUACAGCAACAAGAAGAAUAAGAACAACAUCUACCGGUACUACCAAUACGAUGGACACGAUGAUGGCAACGACGACGAACAUGCUUCGUACUCCGACGCAGAUCAUUGAGACGACGUACAAUCUGUACUGUAACCCCAAGUCGAAACAGCGAUUGGCGGCUGACUUUUUGCCUGGUCCCUGGGAUGUGAUUUGUGCGCGUGGAAAGAAAGCGCACGACCAUGAAGGCAAUGUCCGUUUGCGGGCCAUGGUGGAUCAACAUCAAGAAGAAUACGGCAAGUGUACUUCCAAACACGAAAAGAGCAAGAUUGUCUCGUACAUUGUCAAUACGAUCCGCAAGGAAGCGUCCUAUCACAAUGGAGGAUUCGUCAAGAAUAUUGAUGGUAUUUGGUACGAAGUAGGAGAUCGAGCGGCCAAGGAAAAGAUCGGCCAAACGUUCAGGGACAUGCUGCACACGAAAUACAGUUCGUCCACCAAAGCCAAAGCGCGAGUCCGCGUCCAACGACGAGUCGAGGAAUACAAUUCGGCGCAUCCCGACGCUCCCGUGGCGGCGCCUUCUCCUCCCACUACUCCCACACCACAGCAACCGCGGCAGCAUCCACUUGAACGGUCCAAUUUGCCACAAGCCAUCUCCAUUCCCUUGACCAUUCCUUCCAUGCGACAAGUCAAGGAAACAACCACCAACAUGUUUCGAAACAGCUUUACCAAUCCACUCAAAUCCUCGGGAAAACGCUUGUCCGGUCUGCUCAUGAAGAGCGACAAAACCGCAUCGGAACAGUCGCUCUUGCGAGGAAGUGUCCAAACGGUCGAUUUGCCGCCCAAUGCGGUAUUGCCCAAAGACUCCAUUGGCGACGGGGAUCCAUGGUUGCGCAUGUCCACCGAAGACAUGUUGCGACACUCGGUACAGUCCGUCGAUAUGCCCGACGAUGCCGUCGUGGAAGAAUUGAAUGGGGAAGAUUGGAUGCGCAUGUCGGGAAUGUCCACGGAUGGUCUCGUUUUGGAUCAGAGUAAUAUUGCUGCUACGAACAACAAGAAGAGAACCAUGAUUCACGAUCAAGACAUUGAUGAAAUUGUCAAUGCAUUCAUGACGGUCGAACAACCACAACAGUCGCGAGAACGGCCCUAUGGCGUUUUUAGCACGUCCACCAAGAGCAAUCCCUUUUUGCAGAGUAUCACCGUCGGAGACCUCGCCGCCAGCAGUGGUGCCCACAACGGCAGCAGCAGGAACAAUCCACUCUUAAAAUCCUCCACGGCCAGUUCCUACAUGGAUAUGGACCUCGAUGGACUUUUUGGAUCCAUGGGAUCAAUGAGUCUCGGGAAUAUGAACAUGGCCGCGGCGGAUUGAGUUACAAGUACAGUACAAGUAGUGAAAGAAAAGGAAAAUCGUUAAACAGAAAAAACCAUUCAACCAAACCAACAAUCAGUUGGUGGUUAUUGUUUGCUGUGUGCCUGCUGCAACACACACAAGAAUGCUCGGGAAUCGUGACGAAAGGAUUGGGAAUUGCAUGCAUAAACAAAUCGAUCGAUACACUGCACGACCACUCCAACCCAAUCGCGUGGAUGCACCCAUCGCACGAAAAAGGGUGGCUGCCUCCCUCGUGAGAUUCUUUAUUAUUAUUAUUAGGUUUAUUACUUUGUGUACGUACAGGACGACGAGGCACGGAUUAUUUUUUUUGGUCACAACUCGAAUCGAAUCUAUCAA